AUGCCCGACGCCGACGGCGACGACAACGACGACGACGAUCUCCCGCUAAACUGUGGCGUGGCACGCCUCAGAUCCUUUGUGACGUCGAGACGAACGACUGGCGGAGUGGCCCUCGGGGACCGUCUCUCCAUUGUUCCGCGCGGCUUCGACCCGCCCUCUGUGCACGCCACGAUGGGCAGACUGCUCGCCCCGGGGUUGUUUGGCGGCGCCGUUCCGUCAGCGCACUCGACACCUCCGUCCAUCGAUGCGCUCGUCCCGCGCCCGUCUGCGGUGGCUGCCUCGCUGUCCCGGCGUGGAUCCUCUCGUCAUUAA